AUGAGUGUCCGGCCGGCAGAGCACCAGCCCCACUCCGACGCGCCCCGCAAGAAGGUCACCAUCCGCGAGCUGCAGGCCCUCCGCGCCGCCCGCACGCCCAUCACGAUGCUCACCGCCUACGACUACCCGACCGGGCGCGCCUGCGACGCCCUCGGCAUCGACAUCACCCUCGUCGGCGACUCCCUCGCCCAGGUCUGCCUCGGCCACCCGCCACCACCCACCUCACCCUCGACGAGCUCGUCCACCACACCCGCGCCACCGCCCGCGGCUCCCGCGCCCCCUCCUCGUCGCCGACAUGCCCUUCGGCACCUACGCCCCCGCCCUCCCCCGCGACUCCGUCCGCGCCGCGGUCCGCAUCCUCGAGGGCGGCGCCGCCCUCGCCCCACCGUCGGUGCCAUCGUCGGCGCCGGCAUCCCCGUCGUCGCCCACGGCCGCGACGCCGCGGGCGCGCUCCAGGUCCUCCGCGACGCGCUCGCGCUCGAGGCCGCCGGCGCGUUCGCCGUCGUCGUCGAGGCCGUCCCGCACGAGCUCGGCAAGUACCAUCGGGAUCGGGGCGGGCCCCGGACGCACGGCCAGGUGCUGGUGUGGGACGACGUGAUGGGGACUUGGGACGGGCCGCAGCCGAGGUUCGCGAGGAGGUUCGCGGACGUGCGCGGGGAGGUCGAGCGCGGGGUGCGCGCGUACGCGGGCGCGGUCCGGGAUGGAUCGUUCCCGACGACGCAAGAGAGCUACAAAAUGCCCGCGGCGGAGUGGGGAAGGUUCCAAGAGUUGGCAGAGCAGUUCAUGGAGGAGCUUGCGUGA